AACGUUUCAUCCGUGCUGCACGCCAGUUAACCUGAAAGAUUAAGCUAUAGCACUAUGGUGUCAUUUUGGUCUAUAGAGAAGAAGUACUGUGGACUGAAGCAGUGCAGCCAGAGUAUUGGCGUAUGGGCUUACGAAUGCUGUGGUACGCUAAAUCAAGAUUGUUGUGGAGCUAUUACUUUGAGUGGAUGGCUUGCCAUUGGUGUUGUCGGUGCAUUACUUGUGGUCAUAAUAGUUACAGUCGUCUGUAAGAAAUGAAGCUUCUACUCUCGAUGGUUUUGAAAGCUAUUUUCCUAGUGUAGCGUACUAGCUCAUACCACUCGAGUUGUGUUUUAUUUGUGUUUUUCCCAAUAAAUCAGUUUUGUCUCGCUCGGAGGCGAGGUGAGCCGCAUCACAGCGUCUAUUGUGCUAAAUUUAGCGAGGGUAUCUCCAGC